AUGUAAGCUUAAUAUCCAGCAGUGGUAAUAGAUAAUGGUUCUGGUUAUUGUAAAAUAGGUAUAGCGGGAGAUGAUGCUCCAACAAGUUGUUUUCCAGCUAUUGUUGGAAGAUCAAAGUAAAACGAUGAGUAUUAUGUGGGAGAAGAAGCAUAAGCAAAAAGAGGAGUUUUAGCAAUAAAAGAACCAAUUCAAAAUGGAAUAAUAAAUAGUUGGGAUGAUAUAGAAAUAAUUUGGCAUCAUGCCUUUUACAAUGAAUUAUGCAUGUCUCCUGAGGAUUAACCUGUUUUUAUGACUGAUGCUCCGAUGAAUUCUAAAUUUAAUAGAGAAAGAAUGACUUAGAUAAUGUUUGAAACUUUUAAUACGCCAUGCUUAUAUAUUUCCAAUGAAGCUGUUUUAUCCCUUUAUACAUCUGGCAAAACUAUUGGUUUGGUAGUUGAUUCAGGAGAAGGAGUAACUCAUUGCGUACCUGUUUUUGAAGGUCAUUAAAUACCUCAAGCUAUUACUAAAAUAAAUUUGGCAGGAAGAUUAUGCACUGAUUAUUUAACGCAAAUACUCUAGGAAUUGGGAUAUUCAUUAACAGAACCACAUCAAAGGAUUAUAGUUAAAAAUAUUAAGGAGAGGCUUUGUUACACAGCAUUAGAUCCACAAGAUGAGAAGAGAAUUUAUAAAGAAAGUAAUUCUCAAGAUAGUCCUUAUAAAUUACCUGAUGGGAAUAUUUUAACAAUUAAAAGCCAGAAAUUUAGAUGUUCCGAAAUUUUAUUUUAGCCUAAAUUGAUAGGAUUGGAAGUAGCAGGAAUUCAUCACUUAGCAUAUUCUUCUAUUAAGAAGUGUGAUCUUGAUCUUAGGUAAGAACUAUGCAGAAAUAUUGUUUUAUCUGGAGGAACCACUCUUUUUCCAGGAAUCGCAAACAGAUUAAGUAAUGAAUUGACUAACUUGGUACCAUCUUAAUUGAAGAUUUAAGUUGCAGCUCCACCUGACAGGAGAUUUUCAGCUUGGAUUGGAGGGUCUAUCUAAUGUACACUAUCUACAUAGUAACCUUAAUGGAUUAAAAGAUAAGAAUAUGAUGAAUAAGGUCCAUCUAUUGUUCACAGAAAAUGUUUCUGA